UUUUUAAUCACGUCUUUUGCCGUCAACUCCUCCUGUUUGGCUGUUUCAACUCACAACCAUUGUUUUUUUAAUUAUUAAAAAAUUAUAAUCAAGAUGGUUGUGCUCAAGGCUCUACGGCCGGCGAUUUGUUGUUCUUCUUCCAUUUUCGAUGGUGGGCCUUUGGAACCGGUGGAUAAGGCUAGCUUCGUGAUGUUUCCGUUCCCGGCGUCGUCGCUUUCUAUGAGGUUGAGGAGAGGCAACAAUGCUAAGCUGAGCUUGGUUCAGGCGACGGAGGAAUCGUCCAUGCCGAUUGCGACUGAUCCCGCUGCUGCUAUUUCUGCAACAAACGGCAAGGCAACAAACAUUGUAUGGCACAAAAGUUCGAUUGGAAAACUUAAUCGGCAAGAGUUACUUCAGCAAAAGGGUUGUGUCAUAUGGAUUACAGGUCUCAGUGGCUCAGGAAAGAGCACUCUGGCAUGUGCUCUGUGCCAUGCCUUGUAUUCAAGGGGAAAGUUGGCUUAUGUCCUUGAUGGUGAUAAUGUUCGGCAUGGCUUAAACUGUGACCUUAGUUUUAAAGCAGAGGAUCGGGCAGAAAACAUACGAAGGAUUGGAGAGGUCGCAAAACUCUUUGCUGAUGCAGGCAUCAUCUGCAUUGCCAGUGUAAUAUCUCCCUACAGAAAAGACAGGGAUGCAUCUCGUGCAUUGUUGCCGGAAGGAGAUUUCAUUGAGGUGUUCAUGAAUGUGUCACUCCAAAUAUGCGAGGCAAGGGACCCAAAAGGCCUAUACAAGCUUGCAAGAGCUGGAAAAAUUAAAGGUUUUACCGGUAUCGAUGAUCCGUAUGAACCCCCCCUGAAUUGUCAGCUAGAAUUGCCACAAAAGGGAAACAUCUGUGCUUCCCCAUGCGAAAUGGCUGAAACUGUGAUAUCUUACCUGGAGGAGAAGGGGUAUCUGCAGGCCUAACAAGAGAGAAACCCUGCAAUUCCAGGUUCCCAUUAUCAUCUGUAAAAUUAAGCACGUUUCUCGUUUCCUUUAUUAGUGACACCUUUGUUUCCUAUAUCCUUAUCCUGUUUCUGGCAUCAAGGAAACUCCUCGUUUCCUUUCUGUAGUUCAUAUCGUGUACUAGAUAAUUAAUCGCUUGAUUAAUUACUGUUCUCUUUAUUAGGCCUUCUAAAAGACUCGUAGUGAGUGAAGUGGGUUCAGUCAUUUUAAGAGGAAGAAAU